AUGGUGAGACCCCAUGGUGUGCUGGCCGACAGCAGAAUCGACACACUCAUGCAAGCUGCUGCAGAGCUGAAGAAGAGGGCCUUGCAAGGCAGUGAGUAUGAAGAAGGUGCUGCUGAGGAACCCGCCAAGACGACUACACCAGUGAAGGCUCCCCCGUGCAAGGUUGAGCAAAGGACACCCGCUCUGCCUAAGGCAAAGCUAUGCAAGACAGAGCAUCAAAGCCCAGCUGCUGCUUCCGACGCUUCUGCGGCCUCUGUGGUGGCCUCUAGCCAAGGGAGCCCAAGCUACGGGUCCAAGCGCCGAGGCAGAAGCCACACGCCAAGUGGUUCGUGCAGGAAGCGACGCCGGGUAAAAGGAGCACCGACUCCAGAAAAGCCUAGCAAAGCACCGACUCCAGAAAAGCCUAGCAAAGCACCGACACCAGAAAAGCCGACCAAAGCACCGAGUCCAGAAAAGCCGACCAAAGCACCGAGUCCAGAAAAGCCGACCAAAGCACCGACUCCAGAAAAGCCGACCAAAGCACCGACGCCAGAAAAGCCGACCAAAGCACAGACUCCAGAAAAGCCGACCAAAGCACCGACUCCAGAAAAGGCCACCAAAGCACCGACUCCAGAAAAGGCCACCAAAGCACCGACUCCAGAAAAGGCCACCAAAGCACCGACUCCAGAAAAGCCGACCAAAGCACCGACUCCAGAAAAGCCGACGAAAGCCGUGACCCCAGAAAAGGCCCUGACUCCAAGCACCCCGCACAGCAUUGGAAAGCGUAGCCGCAGCAGCCCAUCGAAGCGUGCACCAGCUCAGGAUGACUCCGAUCUCGAGCGCAGUGGCAGCCGCGCCAAGUCUGGCCCGCUGGUGCGCAGCAACACCGUCUCUUCGGACAAGAGCUGGGUGUCAUGGCAGUCCGGAGCAUCCUGGGACACGUGGUCUUGGGGCUCAGGCUGGGAUGCAGGCUGGGAUUCGUGGUCCUGGAACCAAAGGGACUGGGAUUGGGGUACGUGGCCACAAGAUGGUGAUGAUGCUCAAGUUCCACAGAAGGGUAGCGAGGCUCACAAGGUUCAGGCUAUCUUGAAAAGGGGGCAUACAGUGGAUCAGUUAUCUACUGAAGAGCUGAAGCUUCUAGUCAAGCACAUCGACGAGCAGCAAGAGCAGCCGAAAGCUGACGAAGCACCUGCAACUGAAGCAAAAGCCAGCCAGCAAGCUGCAGCCAAGCAGGGACAAGGUCAUGAGCAGGAGAAGAAGAAUGAUGAGGAGAAGAAGGAUGAUGAUGAUGAGCAGAAGCAGGAGACGAAAGAAGAAAGGAGAAAGAGGCUGCAUGCGAGAAAUAUGCGAUACUAUCGCAGCCUGGAGAGCAACCUGGUUGCAAAUAUCGUGGCGAAGUCGAGUUCCAGUGCUCGGUCAUGCCUGUUUGAAGACUGGCUUCAAUGUGGCGAGAACUGGAAGCACUCGAAGCUGCUUGCGCGUUUGCGCAACAGAUCGUCGAACUCGCGACGGGGGAUGCGCCGAUGGCUUUUCUUCAGUGAAAUGGUUACGAGGUUCGGCGAGGAAGUCGCUGCAGCCAUCAAAGAGACGAAAGAAAAUGAUCCUGAGCGAAGCCUCACUGAGAUCAGAAAAUGGCCUGAGUGCGAGGACUACCUGCAGUAUAAGUGCCUGGUGGAGGAGAGUGAGGAAUCGUGCGACGAGGAAGAGUUUGAGGAGAUCCUGGAGCUACAGGCCAUGAGUCCGGAGGAGCUCGAAGCCUACCAGGCUACGCAAGAGCUGAAGUCCAAAGCAACCAAGGCAUUGCAAAAAGCGACAGACCGGGUCAAGAUUGCUACAAAGAUCGCACAGGAGAAGAAGGUUGAAGGGAUGUCAGAUAAGAAGGUGCAGGAGGCUCGCGCAAAGCUCCAGAAGGCAGUGGACCAGGAAUCCGCAAGCAGCCUUAUUUAG